CCCCGCCCCCGCGGCCCCCACGUGCAGCGGCUGGGCCCGGGGCUUUCAGGGGACCACCAGGCCCCCAGAGCGCCGUGCUAUGUUGGGGGCUAGUCACUAGCACGGGGCUGGAAGCUGAGAUCAAAGACGCCAAUGAGCCGGCGUGGGUGGAUGAGUGAGGCGGGCAAGAAGCAGCACCGUGCUGCAGCCGCUUGCUCCGGCCGGCACCCUAGGCCGGCCCGCCGCCAGCUGUCGCCGACAUGGAACCCGUGGCCAGCAACAUCCAGGUCCUGCUGCAGGCGGCCGAGUUCCUGGAGCGCCGUGAGAGAGAGGCCGAGCAUGGUUAUGCGUCCCUGUGCCCGCAUCGCAGUCCAGGCCCCACCCACAGGAGGAAGAAGCGACCCCCCCAGGCUCCUGGCGCGCAGGACAGCGGGCGGUCAGUGCACAAUGAACUGGAGAAGCGCAGGUGAGUCCCAGUCCUGCCCUGACAGUGCCAGCCCCCAGGGGCCACUGCCCUCUGGCCUUCCCUCCCCUGCCAUUCCUGUGGCCAGCAAGGUGGGGCUGGCACUGCCCUCCAGACCUCUUCCCCACAGGAGGGCCCAGUUGAAGCGGUGCCUGGAGCGGCUGAAGCAGCAGAUGCCCCUGGGGGCCGACUGUGCCCGAUACACCACGCUGAGCCUGCUGCGCCGUGCCAGGAUGCACAUCCAGAAGCUGGAGGAUCAGGAGCAGCGGGCCCGACAGCUCAAGGAGAGGCUGCGCAGCAAGCAGCAGAGCCUGCAGCGGCAGCUGGAGCAGCUCCGGGGGCUGGCAGGGGCGGCCGAGCGGGAGCGGCUGCGGGCGGACAGUCUGGACUCCUCAGGCCUCUCCUCUGAGCGCUCAGACUCAGACCAAGAGGAGCUGGAGGUGGAUGUGGAGAGCCUGGUGUUUGGGGGUGAGGCCGAGCUGCUGCGGGGCUUCGUCGCCGGCCAGGAGCACAGCUACUCACACGGCGGCGGCGCCUGGCUAUGAUGUUCCUCACCCAGGGCAGGCCUCUGCCCUCUACUCGUGCCAGGCCCACUUGCCAGGCAGGAGCCCUCCCCAAGCCUUCAGGGCUGCUCGGAGUCACCUGUUGGAAUGGACUAAAAGGACCCUUGUGUGGGAACAGGUGCUCCCCAAACACCCUGCUGCUGGCUGCCAGGCAGGCCCUCUGGAAGGGAAGGGGCAGGACUCAUCAGGACCUCCCUGGACCCCUGCAGGGCAGGCAGCUUGGGCCUGAGCCCAAGCAUUUGGCUCUGCUGCCCCCAAGGGGACAGGAAGCCUCUUGGGCCUCUUCCCUUCCUGGACAAGGCCCCCUGCCUUUGCCUCACGUAAACUGUACAGUAUUUUCAUUAAAAGCCUCUUUCAUAACUUCC